AAAAUUCUAAUCCUCCUCCAUAAUUAUCUCGAACAAGCAACCCCUGCUUCCUCUAUAUAUAUCCCACACUUCCAGUUCCAACCAUUCAUUCCUUCCCCCACCAGUACUUAAACACAGUUUGCAAAGAGAGACUUCAGACUUCCAAAACAUGAGAAAGUUGUGUUUUAACCCCAAAACGGAGUCGUUUGCUUUGGCACGCAGUUCUCCUUCUUCGCCACUAUCCUUAACCUCAAGCCCAACGCUUCCGAGGCUGAGCUUUUCCGAACCUAGCAGCUUCCACGAAGAUAUUUUCAUCGAAGAAGCUGAGGCACUGAUACUCAAAUGGAACCCAGACUCUUCCGCUUACGCAAAAGUCACUUCCCUCUUCUACCAAGACAGAAACGAAGCCAAACAAUAUAUUAACUGUGUUAACCAGCUUCAGAAAACUAUGCAUUCGUUGCUCUCUCAGAACCUUUCCUCUGACAAACUCAUCCUCGCUCAUAACCUAAUGCAGAUUGCUAUGAAGAGGCUCACGAAAGAGUUCUACCAGAUCUUAUCCAUGAACCGCGCACACCUUGAUCCUGAAUCCGUCUCCGCCAGAUCCUCUCGCACCUCCGCCAAUUCCAGCGCCUCCGAUUAUGACGACGAUUUUGCGGCGGAGGACGACGAUAUCCGCGCCGCCGGCGACUCUAUCUCCGAAGUCGAGCAGGUUUCCUCCGGCGCCAUGGCGGAUCUGAAAUUAAUCGCUGACUGCAUGAUAUCUUCCGGUUAUGCGAAGGAAUGCGUCAGCGUCUACAUCUUAAUUCGAAAAUCUAUCAUCGACGAAGGAAUCUACCGCCUCGGCGUGGAGAAACUUAGCUCCUCGCGCGCUAACAAGAUGGAUUGGGAAGUUCUUGAUUUGAAGAUCAAGAGUUGGUUAGAGGCGACAAGGAUUUCCGUUAGAACACUCUUUAACGGAGAGAGAAUACUCUGCGACCACGUCUUCAGUUACUCAGAUUCCGUCAGAGAAUCAUGCUUCGCCGAGAUUUCAAGAGACGGUGCCUCUCUCCUUUUCGGAUUCCCUGAACUCGUUGCCAAAACAAAGAAAUCUUCGCCGGAGAAGCUGUUCCGCGUGCUCGAUAUGCAUGCUGUGGCUUCCGAACUGUUGCCGGAGAUCGAGUCUAUCUUUUCCUCCGAUUACAACUCCGGCGUUCGUUCUCAAUUCCUGGUUUCGCUUCAACGACUCACCGAAUCGGCGCAAAUCUUGCUCGCGGAGUUCGAGUCCACGAUCCAGAAAGGCACUUCAAAGCCGGCGGUGAACGGCGGCGGCGUGCACUCGCUCACGAUUCAGACGAUGAAUUACCUUUCAGUCCUCGCCGAUUAUCUCAACGUGCUCUCGGAUAUAUUUCCGCGCGACUGGCUUCCACCGCAGAAGUCGUCAUCUCUGCCGGAAUCUUAUUUAUACAGUCCAGAAUCUGAUUACUCGGCGUCGACGCCGGCGCUGACGGCGCGUUUUGCGUGGCUGAUUCUCGUCCUCCUUUGCAAGCUCGACGGCAAAGCGAAGCAUUGCAAGGACGUUUCGCUUUCUUAUCUGUUUCUCGCGAACAAUCUCUGGUACGUGGUGGCCAGAGUCCGAAGCUCGAACCUGCAGUACGUGCUUGGCGACGAUUGGAUCCUUAAGCACGAAGCUAAAGCGAAACGGUUCGUUUCGAACUACGAGAAGGUGGCGUGGGGAGAAGUGGUUUCGUCAUUGGCGGAAAAUCCAGCCGCGGCGGAGGCGAGGGCGGUGUUCGAGAACUUCAACCGCAAAUUCGAGGAAGCGUAUCGGAAACAGAACUCAUUCGUCGUAGCUGACAGAGAAUUAAGAGACGAAAUAAAAGGUUCGAUCGCGAGAAGUAUAGUGCCGAGAUAUCGCGAGUGGUAUAAUGUUCUUCUAGCUAAGGUUGGAUCAGUGAGGGACUUGACGGCGACGGAGUACGUGACGUUUACCCCUGAGGAUAUUGAAAAUUACCUCGUUAACCUCUUCUUUUUUGGAACCUCAUCCAGUGCUGUAUCGUCCUCGUCGGUAUCGUCGUCCCCUCUCCGGCGUUGGAGUUAAGUGCACAGUUUGAACGGCGAGUUUUUUUCGCCCUCAUUUUUCUUGAUUGUAGUAAUGAGUAUAGAGUUUUGACAUAGACAACAAAAGCUAUACCGACUUUUUCAGUUUUCUGCGUGUGGUACACGUAAGCAUGACUUCAUCGUGUAGUUUCCACUUUUUACUUUCAGACUUUCAUGAUGUAUACUUCUAAACCAAAAACUGGAUAAAUUCGUUAUUUGUGUACAAUAAUAUUUUGUCUAAUUCAUUAAAUUAAUAUUAUUAUA